AUGGGCACUCUUGUCGGACAUGUAGCUCCUGGUUUAGGGUUAUUGUUCAUUGGUCUGUGGCACCUCUUCAACCACAUCAAGCUCCAUGCUCUCAACCCCACUUCCUACACCGCCCCACCAUGGUUCCCCACCUCCAAAUUCAAGUACUUGGAGCUUAUCCUCAUCAUGGCAGGAACUAUAGUCACCAUCACCAUGGAACUCUUCAUAUGCCCCAAGCGCCACCAACCCUUGGACCCUGAUGGAACCAUCCCCUCCAACCACCUCCACAACUUCGAACACUCCUCCAUCUCCCUCACCUUCUUCGUCUACGCCGCCUUUUCCCUCCUCCUGGACCGCAUCCCCAACCCCUCCAAACACGCCCUAACGCAACUCCUCGGAGCCAUCGCCUUCGCUCAGCAACUCCUCCUCAUCCACCUCCACUCCGCAGACCACAAGGGUCCCGAAGGACAGUACCACUUCAUGCUUCAACUCCUAGUCUUCAUCUCUCUCUCAACAGCGCUCAUGGGUAUCCCCAUGCCCAAAAGCUUCUUAAUUAGCUUUGUUCGUUCCCUUAGCAUAUUCUUUCAGGGCUUGUGGCUCGUUGUCACGGGCUUCAUGCUAUGGACUCCGGUGCUCAUCCCCAAAGGGUGCUUCAUCAGCGAGGAAGAGGGACACCAGGUCGUGAGAUGCAGAGACCAUGAAUCCCUCCACCGCGCCGUGGCCCUCGUCAACAUCCUCUUCAGCUGGUUCAUCGUGGGAGUCACCGCUUGCGGGGUCGCGUUCUACUUAGGUUUGGUUAAGUUCUAUGGCGAAAAGGUGCAAUAUCUUGCACUGGGGAACGAGGAAGAAGACACAGACAAGGAAAGUGAGGAUGUUGAGUCGCACAAGAGAAGCAUAGUUGGCAAUCCCAUGAGCUUUAUUCACGGCAAAAACUUUUCGCCUCUUGACAUAGAAAGGUAG